AGGGCUGAAUGUAAACAUUGUUUUCUUUAUAAUGAGAUAACUUUUGAGACUACCUUCAUAUGUUAAUACACAGAAUACAAAUGACAAGUGUUUUCUUAAGGAAUUAUUUCAUACAUUCGGGUACUCAGCAGUGUGAGCUUUCAAGGUGUACAAGAUUUGCAUCCAAGAUAUGUUUUCUCAGGACUUUUGGUAUGUAGUUGAAACCUGGAGAGGUAUCUCAUGUUUUCCUAAACUAUGUCCUUAAAGCUGAAGACUUUCAAGACUUCCUUUUCUUCUGUGGGAUUUAUUUUGUAGAAACAGUUUGUAAGAUAGACCAAAUUAUAGCAAUUCUUUCCAUAAGAUAAUUUUUUUUACUUCUAGCUAUUCUGGCCAAUAUUUUUUCUUGCGCUUUGUUUUUGUAUCAUACUCUUCUCAUAUAAUGAGAUCUCAAGUAAAUUAUAAUUUCUUUAUGAUCUCUGAUGUGAACAAGAAAACAAUUGAGACAAAAACUAGAUAAAACUGUAAUGAGAAACUCAUUAUUAAAAGUGCAUGGGCUCAAAUACUGGCCCAUAUUGCCAAAGUGGAAAAUCCCUAUUUAGUGAUGCACAUAGUAUCUUUGCCAAGAUAAGCACUGAUUUAAUCCUGUAAUCUUUGUGUUUGAAGCUGCUCUGAAAUGGCAGUGACCUCUCAUCUUCAGUUGUGAAAUUUGGUUUUAAAGCAGUCUGAGGCUGCUAAGGAAAUAAAUAUUGAGGAAAAAAUACUGAAGGUACUGAACUUUCUACUGGGGUAGCAGAAACAGAGCAUAUGAGUGUUUCUGGUUAAUGGUUUACAGCUGUUAUGGAGAACACUGACAAUAAACCCUGUGUAACAUCUUGGGAGGUUCUGCUUGAGAGCUCCUGCAGAUGCCUCAGAGGAACUAGAAGUUUCCAGCCAGCUUGACAUAAACUGCUUUUUGGCAUCUGAAAGCUGCGUGUUUGGACUCAUGCAAGACGUGGACUAAUGGUGCUUUCUAAACAUCCACCUGCCUUCCUGAAUUUAAUCCUCAUGCUGUAAAAGACAAAACUUCAUAUGUAGAUUUUAGUACACUGCUGCAAACAGAUAAUUUUGCCCUGUGUUUUAGCUCUAAAUUGAGUUAAACCACUCAAUUUAUCAUCAAUCUGCUCUGUUUUUUCUGUUUAUUUGAACUGUAUACCUUAUUUUUCCAAAAGUGUGGAGUUGGAGUUUUUUUGGUCUUUGUUUGUUUGCUUGUGUUUUAAUAAGAUAGUAAUGAACUGGAAUAACUGCCCAGUAUCUGACCUGGAAAGCUUAGAUGAGAAAUAAAAAGUGAAGAAAUUAAGUCCUUGGAGAAAAGUUCUAAUCCUUUUGUGCCACCAAGUGAAAUGCAUGCAGACAUGUACACACACACACACAAAGGCAAAAUAAUUAUUUUAACUGAACACUAAUACAAGUUGAGCAAUACAAAAAGUUGUAAGUUCAGCUUGUUUUUUUUAUAAAUAUUCUGAUAAGUGGUAGGUUUUGUGAUUACUUUCAUGGUGAUAAAAACUUUGUAAUUUGAAGUAAAGGCAAAAAUUUUUCCAGGGGUGUGAAAAAUUAUCAUCACUUUUUGGAUGAGAAAAGAGUUGCAUAUUUGUGGUUAUACAGGAAGGCUUCAAUGGUGUUGCCUUGCAAUGGUGUGGUGUACUUUUCCAGAGCUGUGUUCCCAUGAUACCUGUCCACCCUGUGACCAAUAUAAAAAUCUGCUUUUCUGAGUUAAAGGUCAGAGCUGUACAGACAUCUUAGUCUCAAAACAUUUCUUGUCACAGGACUAAACUAUCGAUGUGUUUUUCAGUAAAGACUUCUAGCACUCUCACUGUUGCACACGUAAAACAGAAUAGAGCACAUAAAAAUGAAAGCUGCUUACUGAAAACAGUUGAGUCCUCUCCUACAAGCCUGUCAGGGCAAAGCAAAUUGAUACAUGGGAGAGUAUGAAGACUUUAUUUGAGACAGUUCUUCCUCUGUAAGGAGGAGUUGGAGACCUUGCUGGCCCUUAAAUCAUGGAGAAGUGAUUUCAAUGAUCAGGAUGCUCAGAAGGGUCAUAGUUGGGUGGAAUGUUUUGAUCUUGAUACUUUUUGAGUUGAGUAUAUAUCUCUGUCUUUUCCAUAUUUGAUUUAAAAGAAAAGACGAAAAAAGAGUGGGGAGAAAGGAAGAGCCAUUCCUUAAGCAGUUUCACUGUGAAACAAAACACCUUUUUUUUUUCUCAUAUUUGAAAGAUUUUUUUUUUUUUGCUUUUAACACCUAUUAAAAAGAAUAAUAGAAAUCAAAACAAGUGAUUCAGAUAAGCUAGAAAUUAAGUUUGUCUACUUGUUGUAUUUACAUUUCAUAUAUCUGCAAACAGGCUUGUGUUUUUUCUGCUUUCUGGCAAACUGAAGACACUCUCUGUUGAACUUAGCAACAAAAACAGGAGUGUGGAAAGGCCGACAGUAAAAUUACUUGGAAGAUGUAGACAGGAUAAUUUCUGUGGAGUAUUGAAAAGGAGAAAUGAGAACUUGAAAUGAUGUUAAGAGCACAGUAUACAUAGUUGAAGUAUAUAUCUGUGUUUGUCAAGGGAGUACCUCAAGAAAAUGAUGUAAUAAUAAGAAAAUAUAGGCAAUGAUUCUGUCCUCAGCUGCUGUAGUUUCAUAAUGGUGUCGUUUACUUGGGUCUGAGUUACUAGUCUGACUAAUUUCAUGUGGAUUCCCCCACUCCAGCUCCCCCGGGUCAGGAUUUGCUCUUGAGUCAGAUCUGGUUCCUUGUUUAUGUGGGUUCCUGUGCUAGCAGCAGAUACUCUGACUGUUCUGAAUCAGAGAUUUGCCUUUUAUUUAAAAUGCUAUGAAAGAGGCAGAUGCUCAGCUGGUGUAAAACCGGAACAUCUAUUUCAGUGCAGUGUGGAUGAUGGAUGUUCUGAAAAUGGGUCCCAAGGUCAGUAACUAUCGACAGAAAAGGUAAGGUACCCAUUCAAAGUAAAUAUUAAAGAUAAGUUAGCAUUGCAGGCACAGUAAUAUUUAACACGAAGUGUGGACUUCUUUUUUUUUUUUUUUUAGUAGAGCAUAAACCUUACCUAUGCAUCCAGACCUACUGUAUGUUCAGGAUGAUUUGGAUUUAUCGGACUUUUAAUUUCAUUUUCUUACUUGCUUCUGUUUACAGUGAAUGUGUGACUCAGAUCUAUGAAAAUACAUACUUCCAAGGUGGAGACCUCACUACGUUUUUUACACCGAGUGCCAAUUACUGCCAAAUAGUGUGUACUUACCAUCCUACCUGUCUGUUCUUCACCUAUUUGCCAGCAACAUGGACUAAAGAUCCUGCAAAAAGGUUUUCCUGCUAUUUAAAAGACAGUGAUACAGAAAUGCUGCCGAAAGUGGAUAUGGAAGGAGCUAUCUCUGGACAUUCCUUAAAACAGUGUAACAUCCAAAUUAGUGCUUGCAGCCCAGAUGUCCAUGUAGGACUGGAUAUGGAAGGGAAGAUUUAUGAUAUUGCUACGGCUGACAGCUAUCAAGAGUGUCAAAAACGAUGUACCAAUGACAAGCAUUGCCAUUUUUUUACAUAUGCCUCUGAAACAUUUCACAAUGCAAGCUUUUGUAAAAAAUGCUUCUUGAAACAUACCAGUGUUGGAACUCCAACCAACAUAAAGGUGCUUGAUGAGGUUGUGUCUGGAUUCUCUUUAAAGCCAUGCCAGCUUUCUGAAUUAGAUUGUCAAAUGGACAUUUUUGAUGAUCAAGAGUUUUCAGGAAUUAAUAUUACAAGUUUUUUCACUCCUGAUAUUUCUGUCUGCCAAACUAUUUGCACGUAUUUUCCAAAGUGCUUGUUCUUUACAUUCUUUACCAGGAAAUGGGAAAUAGAAUCCCAAAGAAAUCUUUGCCUUCUGAAGACAUCAACAAGUGGGAUACCAGAGGCACUUAUAUCACAAGAAAAUGCUGUAUCAGGCUUUGGUCUCCUAAAUUGCAGAAGAUCUUUUCCUGCCUGCAAUUCUCGCACUUACACGCAUAUGGAUUUUUUGGGAGAUGAACUUAAUGUCACUUAUACUAAAGGACACAGAGCUUGUCAGCAGGUUUGCACAGACGUGAUCCGCUGCCAAUUUUUUACAUACUUUCCACUCCAAGAUUCAUGCAAUGAGGAAAGAAAGUGUGAGUGUCACCUAAGAAUGUCCUCAAAUGGAUCUCCAGUGAAAAUAGUGCAUGGGCCAGGAAGGAUCUCUGGAUACUCACUAAGAUUAUGUAAAAAAAAAGCCAGUACUGUGUGUAUGCAGCAUUCUGCAAGAACUAUUAGGAUCGUUGGAGGGACAGACUCUUCCCCUGGGGAAUGGCCAUGGCAGGUCAGCUUGCAUGUGAAGUUGUCUCGUCAGAGACAUCUGUGCGGGGGCUCUAUCAUCAGCAACCAGUGGAUUCUCACAGCUGCUCACUGUGUCACCAGUCUUGCGAAUCCCAACAGUUGGCGUGUUUAUGCUGGUAUUUUAAAACAAUCAGAAAUAAAUGAGGAUACACCUUUCUUCAAAGUGGAAGAGAUUAUUGUUCACCCUCAGUAUAAAUACGCACAGGCUGGAUAUGACAUUGCUUUAAUGAAACUUGCUAAGCCUAUGAAUUUUACUGAUCUUCAACUACCUAUUUGCCUGCCAUCAAAAGAAGACACUAACAUAUUUUAUACUGACUGUUGGGUAAUUGGAUGGGGUUACAGAAAGGAAAAAGGUCGAGUACAAGAUAUUCUUCAGAAGGCUCCCAUUCCCCUCAUGUCAACAGAGGAAUGCCAGGCAAGGUACCGGAAGCGCAGAAUAGGUGACAAAGUCAUCUGUGCUGGCUAUGAUGAAGGUGGAAGGGAUGCUUGUAAGGGAGAUUCGGGAGGGCCACUGUCAUGCAGGCAUGAGGAGGUGUGGUAUCUGGUGGGCAUCACCAGCUGGGGCGAAGGGUGUGCUCGCCCCUGGCAGCCGGGAGUCUACACCAAAGUUGCUGAAUAUUCAGACUGGAUUCUAGGAAAAACUACAUAGCAUGAGCAUUACUGACUCGCUCAAAGUGAUGUUGUAGAAUAACAACCCUAAGAGCAACAUGAUGAAACAUAUCAGUGUUUUUUAAAUGGUGUUUCUUGUUAGCCCAGAGUGUAAAAGGCUUGAUUUAAAAAGCAGAAAAGCAGGAUUGAAUGAUUUUUCCUAUUACUAAAUAAAAAGCAGUAAUAAAAAUAAA